AUGAACGGCAGGGGUCAGUAUCCACCACAGCCAGCCUACCCUGCGCAGCCUCCUGGGAAUCCGGUGUGCCCUCAGACCUUGCAUCUUCCUCAGGUUCCACCCUGUACUGAUGCUUCACCUGCCUGCUCAGAGGUCUGCCCCACCGGGUACCCUCCCGGCACUGCGCAGCUUGCAGUCAUGCAGGGAGCCCAUGUCCUUGUAACUCAGUGGAAGAGAAACUUCUCCGUGGGUGGCUCAGAUGGUGACUACACCAUCGAAAAUCCUUAA